AUGUCAGAUUUCGAACCCCCUCCGGGCCCUCCCCCGCCCGAAGUUCCGCCUGGAUGGACUGCGCGCUGGAACGACACGUACAAGGCAUGGUUCUACGUCAAUCUACAAACCAAGAAGUCGCAAUGGGACCUGCCCACCGAGCCGGCGGAACCCCUUCAGCCCGCCGAGAAAGAACCCCCCAGCGGCCCGCCCCCAGAGUAUGCCCCUCGAGCCGGUGACGAUCCCGCCGCCGCCGCCCCGACCGACGUCAAGCAGAACCCCUACCCCCAUGCCGCCGCCUCCUCCUCCAGCCCGAACCUGGGCCACAGCCAAGCCAGCGGCAGCUCCUCGGCCCCGCCACCGCAAGAUGGAACCCGCGCUGGCCACUUCCCCGACCAGCUCCCGCCCCGCCCUCAGGGUUCCAAGUCGGGCAGCUUCAUGGGUAAGCUGAUGGGCAAGGUCAAGGGCAGCGGUGCACCGUCGCCUUUGCAAUCCGCUCCUCCCCACGGCCAGGGCUAUCCUGGCGCCCACGCUGCAGGCGCGCGGACCCACGGCCACCAGGGACCCCUGGGCGGCUAUGCGAGUGCGACCGGUCCGUAUCAGUACGGCGCGCCUCAGCGCGCUCCCCAGCCCGGCUACGGGUAUGGUUACGGGGGACCUUCUCCCCAGCCUUACGGCUACCCCCCUCAGCCCAGUUACGGCGGGUACCCCGGGUACCAGCAGCCUCCUGCUAGGAGAGGCGGCGCCGGCAUGGGUGCUGCGGGUGGCAUGAUGCUCGGUGCCGGUGCCGGUAUGCUCGGUGGUGCCAUGCUGGCUAACGGAUAUCAUUCUGCCCAGGACAAUGCAUACGAGGAAGGUUACGAUGAUGGUAUGGAUGCUGGUAUGGAUGAUGGUGGCGGUGGCGACUUCGAUAUGUAG